AUGAAUGUAAGUUUCCUCUUAACCCCACUGUUGCUAUCCCUGCUGAACAAUGCAAAGGGGCAAUACAUAAAAUUCCAACGAAGGAAAGGGAAUGGAGGAAGAGGUGGUGUUGUAGGAAUGAGACAGAAAAAAGUGAUAGGAAAAUGCUUCAUAAGUGUAAGUAGCAACAUUAAGCGUUAUAAAAUUGGCAAAAAUGGAAUAGUUGAAGGAAAGUUCAGCACACGUUUUAGUAAAAAGGAUCUUCAACAUCUGAUGGGGAAAAUACCGCAGAUAAAGGACAAAAUUUUGUCUGCACCAUUAGGUAUAGUACUUGGUUUAAGUAACAUUUUCGCUUUUAUGAUUUCAUUGAACAUGUUCAAUUUGAUAAAUAGUGAACAUAGAAAUGUUUUGAUAGACAUAACUGACAAGAUUAAUUCUAAAAUAUUUUUAUUAAAUGCAAUAAAUGAUGUUAUUAGAAAACUACCCUUAGAGAUUUCAUAUUUAUCUAAAAUUGGACUUUUUUGUCUUGUUCAAUUUGGUGUGCAAUUCUUGAUAUCUCAUUUGUCCACAUAUUUGUUUUAUUCAAGAGAAGAAAGAAUAUGUACGGGAGCCAUUAAAGAUUAUGAACGUUUGCAAGUAGAUAAACAGAACCAUGAGCACAGCAGCACAAAUGAGAGAAAAAAUCAAAUAAUGACAAAACAAGAUUUUACUUUUUUAGAAGAAUGCAUGAAAGUGAAUUCCAAAAUGAUAAGCCAUCCAAAUUGUAAAGAAAUAAGUAUAGAUAAGGAAGAAACAGGGGAAAUAAAAAGAAUAAACAUGCUACAACAUAUGUGCAUAUUAAAUCAAUCGGGACUUAUACCAAUAUAUGUAUAUAAUAAUAUAUUAAAAAAAAUGAAUUGUGAAGAUCAGAAUAUUACUGUUUUUAUUAAUUUUUAUGUAUUAAUUAGUGGAAUUAUUUCAAAAAUGUAUAUUAAAUUUUUUGUUAAAAAAAAAAGUGAUUCGUUGAACACUCAGAUAAAAAAUUAUCACCACUUGUUGUCCAUGCUGAAGUCGAUUUUUCAGAAUUCAUAUUUUUAUUCCAUUUGUAUUUCUAUUUUCUUAAAAUUUUCUAAUCAAGCUAAUACAUUUUAUGAACAUUCACUAAAACAAUCCAUGCUAAUCUUUAACACUAUGUUAACCCCAUCAGUAUAUGUAAUAUUAUCAAACAUUUUGUACGAAGCUAUUAAAUUACCUUCUUCAUUAGUUCUUAAAGAUUUGUUAUUCGUUUUCUACAACAAAUAUGUUUUAUCACCUUCCAUACUUUGGACAUUGCUAUACAUAAACAAUCGAUACGAUAUUCUUAAGGUGCAUAAGAACUUGCAACUAUAUUUUUUAAUCCAGGCCAUGACACCCCCAAAUUACAACAUCUCCCUUUUAGCAAAUAACUAUGAAGGAUCAACAAAUAUUAAGAAGAUCAUAGGCAUUUCUUACCUCGUGUACCUGAUUCCUUUGUAUUUUUAUGUCUUAGUCUUGUGUAUGGUUUUUAAACAUUGGAAAGUGUAA